GGGGCGGAGCCGCCACCACCGCCACGUUGUCAGAUCCGCCCUAAAACAUAAAACGUAAAGAGUUUACCUCUCGGAAUGUAGGCAAAGCAGUGGAAUUCAUGGAAAAGUAAGCAGCUUAGGGCACUCGCAUCCUCGCGCGGUCGCCGCCAUGACGGCCAUGACGGCCGUCCAGAAGCUGUACGAGGUGUGCAAGGCCUCCUUCUCGUGCGUCCAAGGCGUGCCAGCCCCCGAAGCUGUUGCACGGGUACGCGCUGUUCUGGACGACAUCAAGUGCUCCGAUCUCGGCCUCCAAGAGGACAAUUGCCAGAGAAAUGGACGCUCCACCGACCAGCCACCAGAAUCGGCCGCCCCGGCAAUCACUUACUUGCAUCUCUACGAGUGCAACAAGUUCUCUAUGGGAAUCUUUUGCCUGCCGCAGUCGGCAGCCCUUCCUCUCCACAACCAUCCGGGUAUGACCGUGCUGAGCAAGCUGAUCUAUGGCUCCAUGCACGUCAAGUCGUACGACUGGGUAGAUCCCUCGGACCACACGGCCUCCUCCACACCCAGAUUAGCGAUGCCCGUCAAGGACCAUGUACUGGUGGCGCCCUGUGACACCGCCGUCCUGUACCCGACGUCCGGGGGCAACAUCCACUCCUUCACGGCGGUCACCUCCUGCGCGGUUCUGGACGUCCUUGCGCCGCCAUACCACACCACUGCCGGCCGCCCUUGCGUCUACUACCGCCUGGCCGCCGCCACCUCCCCAGAAGCCACGGACAGCGCCGAGGCGCAUCUCGUUCACCUCCAGGAGUUCAGACCUUCGAGCGAGUUUGUGGUUCACAGGGGGAACUACAGGGGGCCAAAGGUUGUUCCAUCGAUUUGAAUAUCAGCGCCUUGUGUGUAAAAAAUGCCAAAGAUUUUUGUUACC